UUGCACUUUCUGUCGCUCACUAUCACUCUGUCUUCUGCUGACCAACAGUUCUGGUUAGUUCCCAAACCUCAUGAACUCCGCUUGAAAUUUGACCUCAUUUUCUCGAGAAAAAGAAAAACCCUCAGUCACAUUUCACAGGAAACGCAAAGGCCUGAGAAAGAGAAGGAAAGAGUCAGCGUGGUUGUGGAAUGGGAUCGGGCGCCGCAAUCCCCCAAUGGACCUCAGAGCCUUGCAUCAUGGGCAUCGAUGAAGCUGGCCGAGGCCCUGUUUUAGGUCCAAUGGUGUACGGAUGCUUGUACUGUCCUCGCUCGUAUGAGAAGACUCUCUCCUCUUUGAAUUUUGCAGAUUCGAAGACACUGAAAGAAGAGAAGAGGGAGGAAUUAUUUGAGAAUUUGAAGGCUGACGAAUCCAUUGGGUGGGCUGUUGAUAUCAUAGAUCCAAGGGAACUUUCAGCCAAAAUGCUGAAGAAAAAUAAGAUAAACCUGAAUGAAAUCUCACAUGACUCUGCCAUUGGCCUUAUCACUAAAGUCCUAAACAUGGGAGUUCUUCUAACUGAGGUUUACGUGGAUACGGUGGGAGAUGCUGAGAAAUAUAGCACUAAACUGUCUGAAAGAUUCCCUGCUGUCAAGUUUGUCGUUGCAAAGAAGGCUGAUAGUCUUUAUCCAGUUGUCAGUGGGGCAAGCAUAGUUGCAAAAGUCACAAGAGACAGAGCUUUGCGGGACUGGGUGCUUGAGGAAACAGCUGAAGACUUGCACAAAAACUUUGGUUCUGGAUAUCCUGGAGAUCCAAAUACUAAGGCCUGGUUGCAACAUCACAAACACUUGGUUUUUGGAUUCCCAACAUUGGUCCGUUUCAGCUGGGGUACAUGCACUCCCUAUUUCAAAGACAUUGUUGAAGUCUUAUGGGAAUCCAAUGAAACGGAUGGAGAUGGUUCUAGCAGUGCUAAUGGCAAGCGGCAAUUGAAAUUAAGUAAUUUUGGUGUCACAAAAUCCAAGAGAAAGAUUGAAGAAAUUGAAUCAAGUGGUAAAGGACGCUGCAAAUUUUUUAUGGCUCGUAAACUUGAGCAAGUCACUCAAUUCUAAGUAGAAGACAUGUUUCAUGAAUCAUGUGAUAAUCCAGGGACAAAGUUCAAGUGUGUACGACUUAUAAACGGCUUGGAGUUAUGAAAUCCGGUGGGUGUAGAUCUUUAAAUUUAGAAUACAGACACAAAAUUCAAAACCUGCUAUCUCAUUCUUUAGUCUCAUACAAACACAAUCGAAAGAAGCGAACUCAUGUAAUACUGCAAAUCUUCUUGUGUGCAUUCUAUAUCAUUGAUGCACAAGAUGCACAAACGCGAAUUUGUUUAGGCAAUAAUUCAUAAUACAGGGUUUCCUAACAUUUGUUGGAAAAUGUUACUCUCACAAGGAGCCAACUGCAAAACCGAGACACUCAAACUAACA